AUUGAAAAUUGUACUACAUUCAAUAAUAAGUUGGAUUCCACUCAGGGCACACUUAUUAGCUACAGUUCCCAUGGUUGACAUGCACUUGAUACAGGACAAUCUUAGGUAGUUCAUUUAAAAAAUAUUUUCAGAGAAAAUAAAUUUGCAAGUUAAACUUGUUUUUCAGUAUUAGUAAUUGAGUAAGUAUUAUCUUUUUCCAUUAGUGUGGGAUUGGAUUAACUUUUUGUUGAAAGCUUAUCGAUUGAUUUGUUAAAAGUUGCCAAAAAUACAAAUUCCAUUAGCUUGAGUGUGUCCUUAUAAAUAAGCAAGCUUUCGCUAUGAGCAGAAAGUACAGAGGCUCUAUUGGUAUAUCCCUAGUCUCAGACUGGUAUGAGCCAUUCUCUAAUGCGAGGCAUGACCGUGAUGCUGCGCAAAGAGCCCUUGAUUUCAUAUUUGGAUGGCUUGUGGAUCCCCUAACCAACGGUGACUAUCCACAUAGCAUGCAAUCUCUAGUUGGUGACCGAUUACCCAAAUUCACGAAAGAGCAAUCCAAGCUAGUAAAUGGGUCAUUUGAUUUUCUAGGGCUAAACUACUAUACUGCUAAUUAUGCAGCCGAUUCAGAUCACUCGAAAGCUGAUAACAAAAGCUACUUGACAGAUUCGCAAACUAAUACUACUACUGAGCGCAAUGGGAUCCCCAUCAGUCCAAAGGCUGCUUCAGAUUGGCUCUAUGUCUAUCAAAGGGGAAUUCGAGACAUUCUAUUAUACACAAAGAAAAAGUACAAUAAUCCACUAAUUUUCAUUACCGAGAAUGGGAAUGUGUUAACGUGAAGGGAUAUUUUGCAUGGUCAUUAUUGGACAACUUUGAAUGGAGUAAUGGUUACACCGUUCGGUUUGGCAUCAACUACGUAGACUACAAAAAUGGGUUGAAAAGACAUCCAAAAUUGUCUGCCCGUUGGUUUAAGAAAUUCCUCAAGCCAUAAGAUGACAAAUU